AGUGUUGACAGGCAAAGAAGGUUCUAGGAUCGUCUUAUUAAGAAAAUUAUAAACGGAAAAAUGAGGAUUAUGCUGUGGUGUUUGACUCUAAUUCUUUUCAGCUUUAUCGAAUCUCGAUCAGAGCGUUUACAGGUGUUUGGUCCAGAAGAGCCUCUUGUUGCUGUGGUUGGUGAAGAUCUGGUUCUGUUCUGUUUCAUCAAACCCAACACCAGUGCUGUGGACAUGACAGUGGAGUGGUUCAAACUAUAUGUAGAAGACUCAUUAGUGCAUCUCUAUAGGGAUCAUAAAGACAAAAAUGAAGAUCAGGCUCAGUCCUAUAGAGGAAGAACAUCACUGUUUAAAGAGGAGCUACAGAAAGGCAAUGUUUCACUCAAACUCUCAGAUCUCAGAGUCUCUGAUGAAGGAGAAUAUAAGUGUCUUGUUGAGGACAAUUCCUGGUAUGAUGACAUCACUGUGAACGUCAUUGUGGAGGCUCAGGGAAGCCACCCAGUGAUAAUGAUGGAGAGUUAUGAUAACUCAGGAGGGAUUAAUCUAGUGUGUGAGUCCAGAGGCUGGAACCCUGAACCUGAUGUUCUGUGGCUGGACAGAGAAGGAGUCACUUUGACUGCUGAAGAUACACAGACACACAGAGACACUGAGGGCUUCAGUGUGAAAAGCCGCAUCACUGUUUAUGAUUAUAGUGACUCUAACAGUUUUUACUGCAAACUUCAGCAACAUCAUCACAUGAUGGAGACAGAAAUUAUCAUCAGUAGUAAAGUCUUUGAUGCUUGGAAGUGGAUUGUUGGGAUUUCAGUUUCAGCAUGUCUUAUUGCUGUUGGAUUGAUCGUAACUGCAAUUGUUUGCAAUUAUCACAAGGAAGAGAUAAAGAAGGAGAAGCAGUCCACAGAACUGCAGAGACAGCGUAUGGAAUAUGCCUUUUUAAAGAAGAAGCAGUAUGCAGUGGAUAUGACUCUGGAUCCUGAUACAGCUCAUCCUGAUCUCAUCCUGUCUGCUGAUGGAAAACAAGUGAGAGAUGGAGACGAACCACAAAAUCUCUCUGAUACACCAAAGAGGUUUGAUGCAUGUCCAGGAGUUCUGGGAAAGCAGAGUUUCUCCUCAGGAAGAUUUUAUUAUGAGGUGCAGGUCAGAGGGAAAACUGACUGGUCAUUAGGAGUCGUGAGAGAGAACAUUAACAGGAAGGGGAAGAUUACACUGACUCCUCAGAAUGGAUUCUGGACUGUGGUACUGAGGAAUGAGAAUCAGUAUAAGGCUUGUGCUAGUCCCUCUGUUCCCCUCACACUGAGAGAGAAGGUGGAGGUUGUGGGGGUAUUUGUGGAUUAUGAGGAGGGUCUGGUCUCCUUUUAUGAUGUGAAGUCCAAAUCUCAUAUCUACUCUUUCACUGGUCAGUCUUUCACUGAGAAACUCUAUCCAUAUUUCAGUCCUUAUUUACAUUAUGAAGGUACAAAUUCAGCACCACUGAUCAUCUCUCCUGUAUUUAAGACUGAAUAAAUUUAAACCUCACAAAUUUCAUUCUUGAAUAAAUGUUGAGAAUAAUUUCUGUUUAACUUUACAAAUACAUAUUCUCAUUUAAAAUGUUUUAACUUACACCUGUAAUCCUACAGUCUGUUAUUAAUGACUAUUAUUCUUCAUCUUUACAAAUCAAAUAUCAAGCUCAAGAUACAGUUUACACUGAACAUUACUGCAGAUUUUAAUAUUAUCACCGUUGUCUUUUGGCUGCUCCCUGAUCGGACACCACAGCGGAUCAUCUGAUCCAUAUCUCUUAUUUGUUUUUACACUAGAUGCCUUUUCUGAUGCAACUCAACCAUUUUAUCCAGGCUUAGUAAGAGCACUGAGCCCUCAGUGGAUGGGUUGGUUUCCUGGUUCUGGGUUCUGGGUUCUGAGAACUGAGUUACCUGGUACUGGUGGAAAGGGAGUUUUCUCCAUAUAUUACAGUAUACUAUACCUGAUUUGGCUUUGAACUACAACAUGGAUGAUGGCAAUCAAUGUCUCAUCAUGAACUCUAUCAUUUUCAUCCAUAUGCUUUAAUGUUUAAAAAUAUAGGAGAAAGAGAUGUCACUAACACAAUCGGAAAGCAGCUCAGACUUAAAACACAACAGUGAUGGUGGUAAUCUGUCUGUUUUAUUAACUCAUUUCAUCACAUUUCACCCUAGUGGCAAAGCUGUGGGGAAAUGGAUGGGUUUAUGUGGACCGAACUAUUUGGAAAACUGGCUCAUGUAAGAAUCCACAGUGAGUGAAUAUAAUAUCAUGAAAUGUUUGUAUGUUAAGUUGCAGAACUGUAGUACAUUGAGAAAUGCAUGGUGCAAAUUUUACCAUAGAUUGACAUCUUGAUCCAAGAUUGCUGCAUGGCAGUAGCAUGCAACGGCCACUCCUGAUACAUUAUGGUGCUAUUUACGUUUUUAUUUACAUUUUUUAGCUCUGUCUUUGUUUUAUGUAGCACCGUGGUCCUGGAGAAAUAUUGUCUCAUAUCACGGUGUACUGCAACAGCUAUAUAUGGUUGAAAUGACAAUAAAAGCUUCUUGACUUGACUUCUUGACUUGAUGUCAGUUAACAAAAACUAUAAUUGUUGUAUUUCAUUGCAUUAAAAAAUAAUGGGAUACUUCAGGGAAA